AUGUCAUCAUCCACCACCUCACCACAACAUGAUGCUUCUUCUUCUUCUUCGGAUGAUCAUCAUUCAUACUUUCAUUCUCUCUUCUAUCAAACACUCAUUCUCAUCUACAAGAAUUUAAAAUACAAAACAAGUAAACCAUUCCAAACCAUUCUCACAUUUACAUUUCCGAUUCAAUUGGUAUUUGUUUUGUGGUUGAUGGUGAAUUAUAUUUUUGUUGAACAACAACAACAAGAGACAUCAUCAUUGAAUGUCACAUCUUUUAAUAGAUCACGCAUCAGCAAGAAUAAUCACACAAGUACCUCUAUUUACAUGUCUUUACAAAACUCUGAUUUGAUGGGAAAAUCCUAUGCACCUGAAAUUUACAAAACUUUACAAAACAGUAUCUAUUUUUCAAAUAUUCAAUACAAUAAUGAACAUCAUCCAAUCGAUUAUUUAAAGAAUUCUAAAAAGUAUCUAGUCGAUUUACAUUUCAAAUCCACACAAGAUAUUUUAUUGAUCAAUCGAAGUGGAACUACUUUUAGAAAUCAAUUCACAGAUUAUUCUUCACAAAUCAAUCUUCAACAUUAUGUCAAUAUUGCAAUUUCUAACACCAUGAAUAAGAAAGUGAAAAUGAAUGAAAAUUCUAUUCAAAUCUAUGCAAAACAAUUUGUGAAAAGUGAAACUUCUCAAAAUCAUGACACAAUGAUCAAAAUGAUAUUCUCCAUCUUGUAUCCUGUUUAUUUUAGUUUUAGUAUUUUAAACUUAUUUAAUCCUAAUUUAAUUUCAAUAGUUACUGAAAAACAAUCAAAACUUAAAUCCUACAUGAUUCUCAUGGGAUGUCAUCAUUCAAGUUAUAUUCUUUCCUAUUUCAUUUCAUGUUCUAUUGAAAUAUUAAUUCUUGUAUUCAUCACAUGGAUUUCAUUAUUCAUUUCAAAUUUAUUGAAAUUUGUGAAUUUAUUUUUAUUUUGUGGUAUAUUGAUGAUCUAUUUGAUGAGUGGAAUUCCCUUAAUGCUCAUGACCAGUACAUUUUUUAAAGAUUCAAAAAAGGCACUCUUUCUCUCUCAAUUACUAUUUAUGGCAUUGGAAAUGAUUUGGAUUGUGUAUCGUUUUAUUUUACCAAAUGUACUACUCAUGACAACAACAACAACAACAACAACAACCACUACUACUGUGAAUGAUAUGAAUUCAUCGAGCAAUAUGAUUUUUAUUUCUACUUGUAUUCAAUAUGUAUUAUAUUUGAUGAGUCCAAUUGCAUUUUGUGAUGUCGUGCAAGUCAUUAUUUCCUUUUAUGAGAAUCAAAAAAAGUAUUUUUCAUGGACAAGUCUUUUUGUGUGGAAUUAUGAUUCAAAAGCAUUGAGUGGACUCAAUAUGAUGACAAAUUCUCUCUCUCUAUCACCACCACCACCACCUCUUGCCAUCAUGAUACUUUUAUUAAUUGUUGAUAGUAUUCUAUAUUUAGUAAUUGCUGUGAUUUUGGAUAAGAAAAGAGGAGACACUGAUUCUCAAUCACAAUCUCUUUUGAAAGUAUUGAAAAAAUUCAUUCAGAAAUUGUGGAGAAGGAUGACAGUUUCACAAAUUCAUUAUUCUCAAGAAGAAGAGCAUGUCAUUGAUGCGAAUCCACAUGUGGACCUAUUCUCUGAACAACCACAAUCACAACAACCACAAUCACAACAACCAUCACAUCAACAACAACAACAACACAACCUACCUUCUUCUCGUAUUCGAAUCGAACAUGUCACGAAAACAUUUAAAGUCCCUAAGAAUCACCAUCUAAACAACAACAACAUCAGCAACAAUACAACCACACGAACAAGUCUAACAACAUCUCCAACAUCCUCAUCCUUUUCAUCCAACACUUCAUUCUUUUCAUGCUUUACUUCAAAGACCACAGACAUGGUUGUAUUGAAUGAUUUAACUGUGGAUAUUAAGGAAGGUGAAAUUACAGUAUUUAUUGGAAAGAAUGGUGUUGGUAAAUCAACAUUGGUAUCUCUAUUGAGUGGACAAUUGAAACCAGAGAGUGGAGAGAUUUAUGUCAAUGAUUUGAAUGUGAAAGAUCACAUUGAUGAGAUUCGAUCAAGAAUAGGUUUAUGUCCUCAAGAAGAUUUAAUAUUUCCAAAAUUGAGUGUUGUGGAUCAUUUGAGAAUAUUUGGAAUGAUCAAAAGAAAGAAAGAAUUGUUAUUAACAACAACAACAAGAAGAACAACAACAAGAACAAUGGAGAAUGUGUUUCAUGGUUAUGAUGAUGAUGAUAUUGUGAGAGAGUCUAAAAAUGGAUGCAUGUCCUUAUUUCAUUCAUUUUCUUCAAUAUUCAAAUCACUUGAAUCUCAAAUUGAUCAUUUACUUGACCUAUUAGAAUUCUCAGAAUUUAAAUACAAAGAUGCAAGUACAUUGAGUGGUGGACAAAAAAGAAAACUUUCUUUUGCCAUUUCCAUUAUUGGUAAUCCUGAGAUUCUUAUUUUGGAUGAAGUCAGUACAGGUGUGGAUAUUCACAAUCGACAAAUCAUUUGGAAUGUCUUACAACAAUUCAGAAAACAACCAAGAAAGAUCAUCAUUCUCACCACACAUCAAAUGGAAGAAGCAGAUGUAUUGGGAGAUCAAAUUCAUAUCAUGAAAAAUGGUCAAUUGGAAGUGUCUGGUUCUUCACUCUAUUUAAAAAAUCAUUAUGGAAUUGGAUAUUGUAUUGAAAUGACCUUGCAAUUACCAUCAUCACUACAAUAUUCACAGCAACAAUAUGCUCAACAGCAACAACAUUCACAACAGCAACAAUAUUCACAUGAAAUUGUAACAUCAUUAAGAAAGAUUCAAUCCUAUUUUGAAGAGAAUAUUUCAGAUACAUCCAAGUUCAAGUUGAUUCAUCCAUCACUACCAUCAUCACAAUCAUCACCAUAUUCACAACAACACUCAUUGAAUACUCUUUGUGUUCUCUCCAAUGAUUUAAUUUCACAAUUUCCAUCACUCUUGAAAGGAUUAUCAUUGAGAAAGGAAGAGUUAGGAAUUGCUUCAUUCAUGGUCACUCAGUCCACACUGGAACAAGUAUUCUUGAAAUUCUUGAAUGAAGAGUAA